AUGAGAGCUAUCCUCCCAGGCCGUCCCCAGUCCAAGAGACAAGCCAUUAGCACGGCGCAUUGGGACGGCCUACGUAUUGUCGCCUACAUCUCCGGCAAUGCAGCCAUCAUCCUCAAUGGCCCCCAGACCAUUCUCCAGACCAUUUACGUCGAUACCGUCGAUAGCCUCACCGCGAUAACCCUUGAUGAGAUCACCGGGCGCCUUGCUCUCUGUGAUUCAGACAAUGUCUAUAUUUAUCGGCCGAUAGGAAGGGAAGAAGGCGUUCUCAGUUGGGUUCAAUUUCAAGAGCUGAGGAACCCCAACACAGUCAAAAUUACUUCAUUGUCAUGGGGCUCUACCGAAGAGCUACUUCUGGGUGGCUCAAGGCUGGUGCUUUGGUAUAUUCCAGAUUCCGGCACACCCAUCAUUACAUGGGACCAGCAAUUGGCUUAUCCGACUGCCAUGGCUUAUCUCUCCCCGGACAGCGGUCUUAUUGCAUCGGUGGGUCAGCAUGAUAGACUGGUCAAAAUCUGGAGGCGACUAUCCUAUGAGACCGAUGGUACCAGGUUCGACGUCAGCUAUCUGCCUCACCCAUCCACCGUAACGAACCUGCACUGGCGAAAACCCUGGCAUGAAGAACAGAGCCUCGACAAUCUACUUUACACUUUCUGCGCCGACAACAAUAUUCGCGCAUACACCACAUUCGAUCCCCACGCUCUGACUGUCCUUCAAGAGGUGGGGACCAUCAAUAUGAAUGACUCAAUACAACCGAGGAGGCUGAGUGUCGGCUCGAUGAGUAGACGGCGCUUUGCUUUCAUCAUCGAUAGUCGAGACUUUGCGAGAGCAACAGAAAAGGCGGUCCAGGGAUCGAAUGCCAAAGUGGCAGACCAUGCACUCGAACAUCUGAUUGAAAUUGCCAAUCGGACUCCAGAGAUCUGUAUAGUCCUCGACGGGCUCGGUCACAUGUCAGUCUGGGGUUUGGAGAAUGCCGGUUAUAAGAAUAGGAUCCCCCCUGCCGUCUUUCACAUAUCUCAUGUUGAUGGCAUGGACAUCAGAGUGCCGCAACUCAGAGAUCCAGAAGAUGACUACGUCCAGUUUUGUAUAUUCGCAGGAGGUUCGAAACCUUCGUCUUUGUCCGUCCUGCUGCAUGCUUAUGCUGGUGACAUUGAUUGGUAUGACAGUCAAAUCACUCAUCUGUUCGACACCGCCAUCCGCAAGAGUCGCACUCAUUUGAUAUCCUCACUCGCCGGUCAUAGUGCUCCUAUACAACGCAUUGUAAGGAAUGUUCGUGGUACUGUGGUGCUUUCAGCAACCCAUGAAGGCCAUGUCAGCUUGUGGCAGCAUAGGAAUACUUAUUCCUCGGCUCCAUUGCUUCGGAGAAGUACAUUUGCAGCCAAUGUUGACAUCAUAGACGCCGUGAUUCUGUCACGAGGUCGAUAUGCAGUCAUCUUGCAUUCACGUGGUCUGGAGCUAUGGGAUGUCCGAGAAGCCAAGGCAGAGCGUCUCGGAAAGCUUGAGCUAAUCGGCCAAAUUCCCGAGCGCAUCACUCAAAGUCGUGUUGGUAGUGAGAGGGCUCUUACCAGUCGAGUAAUACUUGGCUACUAUCGAGAUCGCACGACAGAGGCAUGGGAAUUUCUCCUUCCUGCCAAAAAUGAUAGCCGUCCAAGUACAGGUAACCGGUUCCCGGAGAUGAUUCGCUCUCUAGGAGGUGCCAAACUCCAUGUGCACAACCAGCAUAAUUCACUUUUGUCUGUAUGUGACAAUAUGAACUCUAAUGAUCAUCCAGCAGCUCCUCAACAAACUAGUGGACUAGGCUUCACUGCUGCGUUGGCAAAAGAUGGUAUUGUCGAAAUGGUCAAAUCCUUCGAAGAGCCAGACUCAACCAAACCACGACUUGCAGCAGGAGCCCUGCUCGAAACGAGCAUCCAAAGACCAAGAGCUAUGAGUGCCAGUGGUUACGGUAAAGUGGUGCUCGUGAAUGAGGACAGCAGUAGCCUAAGUAUCUGGGAUGCAAAGACUGGUGUUUGGGAAUAUGAACACGAAUUGGACGGGACCGAUACAAUCAAAACCUUUGCAUGGGCUGUCUCACCACAAGGCUAUCCACUGGUCGCCAUUUGCUUCGACUAUCAUAUUGUCGUCCUAGGUCAGGUAAGGUAUGCCUACCCUGAUCUCGAGCCUGGGUGGGUAGAUCUUCGUCAUGUCCGCAUCAGAGACUUUACAACCCAAUCAAUAGCAGACUUGUGCUGGCUCAAGAGUGGUGAUCUUGUCGUGGGAUCAGGUGUUCAAUUCUUCAUCUUCAAAGGCUACGCCAGUACUCAUCACAAUAGAGAUGCCCGGCCACUUCGAGAAAUACAAUCCGCACUCACAAAUGACUCAACGUCCUCCGUCAUGUCAUUGCUCAACUCUCUCCUACCAAUAUUUCACCCGGUAUACCUAUCCUCCCUUACAUUGCUCGGUAAAUUUGAACGGACCAAAGAAAUAAUUCGCCGACUGCACAGCGAGCUAAAGUUUUUUAGUGAAGGAGAUGACCUUCCUAGCUUUCUUGGAUUCGAGAUUCGGGCACUAGGGUCUGCUGGCGAGGCUGAACUAUCGAAAGCUGGUCUCCACAAUGGGAUCAAUGGAACAAUCAACGACAAUGACCACACAGGAGCAAUUGCAGAUAUCUCUGAUAAUUUGAUUGACAACUUGGAGAGAAAUGAUGUCUAUCAACUGGGAAAUGCCGAUAAAGAAAAACUUAUCCGAGACAUUCAGGUUUACGUGGAUCUCGAGAAGCACGAGCGGUCUAUUGACGCCAAUGGUUUGCGUUACCUUCAGGCUCUUUAUACAUCAGGUAGCAACCCAGUCUCCUGGAGGGCUAUCGCUUUUGCCUCACUCAGCACAUCGCAGGAGAUCCUGGUCGAUCUCGUUACCCGUUUCCAUGGAAGUAAGCUGACCUGGGAAGCUGCUCGAAAGUCAGGAAUGUUCUGCUGGUUGUCCGACGUUGAGUCUCUGCGCCUCCAGAUGGAAAACAUUGGCCGCACCGAAUACACCCGCAACGAAGAUCGUAACCCCGUGGACUGUUCCUUAUAUUACCUGGCACUGGGUAAGAAGAAUGUUCUGCAAGGACUUUGGCGCAUGGCGAUUGGUGUACGCGAAAAGGAGAACACCCUGAAACUGCUCUUGAACAAUUUCAAUGAACCUCGAUGGAAAUCGAGUGCCCUGAAGAAUGCCUAUGCACUGCUUAGCAAGCGUCGUUUCCAUUACGCAGCUGCGUUUUUCUUACUUGCCGGGAAUCUUUGGGAUGCCGUCAAUAUCUGUGUACAUCAACUGAGAGAUCUUCAGUUGGCUAUCGCUCUUGCCCGCGUCUUUACCAAUGACAACGAUCCACAACAGAACUCUGCCUUGUCCGCAGCAGUUCUGUCACGACUGGUGAAUGAGACUGUUCUGCCACUUGCACUCGAAAGCAUUCAAGGUCGUUGGAUGGCCAGCUGGGCAUACAGCACGCUUGGUCAUACUUCUCUUGCAGCACAAUCGCUUGUGCAUCCUUUGCACAACGUGAUUGGCAAGCCACUGUGUGAAAUCGUCGACGACGCCGACUCCGACAAUGGCACUAGCAGUUCUCAGAUGGUCGGUAGCCUCAGCUAUGCUGCUAACGACCCACUUAUGGCCACCCUGUACACACAGUUACGUGCACAGCUAGUCAAACAGAACCAAUGGCGCGGCAAUCUCGCCGGCAUCGGUUCAAAGGACGAAUGGGCUUUCGUCAUGCGGUGUGUUCGUCUCUAUCGACGCAUGGGCUGCGACGCCCUCGCUCUUCUCCUCGUUCAAACCUGGGAAUUCAUACCUCUGGGCCCAACGAAACAAAUCAACAGCCAAACAACCACCGACGAACCCACGCAGUCGCCACAGACAAUGGGUAUUCAACGCCGAAAGACAUUCAUCGACCUCGAAAGAGAAGCCGACGAGGAAGAGGCAGCAGAAGAGGAGAAGUCCAGACCCAGCGGUGGCAUAUUCGCAAUGCUAGACAAGGAGGAUGCGAAGAACAAGAAACCGACCAAACCGCCACCUACGCAAUUCGAGGAACCUAGUGCAAAUAGCUUGCUUGAUAGUUUUGGUUUCUAG